AUGCGCCGCGGCGGAUCGGGGGAGGCCGCCGCCGCUGCCGCGGAGGACGACGUCUUCGUGGGGUGCCACCGCGGCGGCGAGGUCGGGGAGGAAGGCACGCUGUGGACCAAGACCAUCAUCCUUGGGGAGCGGUGCCACGUCCCGAGCAGCAGCGACGAGGAGGACGGCGUCGAUAGGGUGACGGUCAAGAAGUGGAAGAGCUAUCGGCGCCCAAGGCAGCCGCGGUCGGUGCCAGUCACCAGGAGCAACUCCUUCGCCGGCGUGGGAAGCGCCGCCGCACGCAGACCUACCAACUCACGCUUCUAG